GCGCCGCCGCCGUGAGUCCACCCAUGGCCAUGUUGACGAGAGCCGCCGGCCGCUUGCUGCCUGCGUCGACCCUCCUCGGCGCGGCGCGGCCGUGCCGGAGGACGUACAGCAGCAAGGUGCACGGCAUCUUCAUCAACUACGUCGAUCACGGCCGGCCGCACCUCUUCGCCCGCCCCACCUCCUCCCGGACCGUGGACGCCAUGCUCGACUUCCUGCCCGACGACGACCGCCUGCGCUUGUGGUGGUCGGUCCUGGACCACAGCGGCGGCCUCCUCCUCUGCGACAUGACCGUCGAGCUCUGCGUCUGCAACCCGGCGACGCGGCGGUGGACGCUCAUCCCUCGCCUACAGCGGCAGCGGGAGGGCAAGAGCGGUGUGUACCUCGCGUUCGAUCCGGCGGCGUCUACGAGCUGAUAGUGGUCCCCGCCGCACCGCCGGGGAUGGACAAGCCGCCAUUCGUGGAUGAUGACACGAGCCGCCGCUUGCUGGAAUCGGAAUGGCCACCGACUCCAUGGACGCUGGACGUCUUCUCGUCGAGGACUGGUCAGUGGGAGGAGAGGGCUUUCGUCCGGCAAGGCGAGCCGGCGGGAACGGUUCGGAGAUUGCGCCUGCAUCAAGCCGACCCGAUCUGUUGGGGUUGCCAGCGCUACGGGGUCUUUAGCCGAGGAACACUCUACGUGCACUGCCGAGGUUCUUUUGUUUUGAGGCUUUCAUUAUCAAACGGUACAUACCAAGUGAUUAGUGCACCAACAUACAAUGAGAGCACGAGAUACAUAAAGCCGUAUCUAGGGAGACCACAAGAUAUGGUGUACUUUGGAAUAGUUGAAGUGCCCGAGCGACUACGGAUUUGGAUCCUCGAUGAGUCAAGUGGACGAAUGGAGUGGAUACUGAAGUAUCAAGAUGACCUUGUACCCUUAGCCCAACACCUAAUGAAAUAUGAUCGAUAUGAUCGCCCCAUGGAUGCAUCUUGGAUGGUACACGAUGUGUCUGAUGCUAAGGAAGACGUUUUCGCUGAAACUCUGAUGAAAAAGAGAUUUGAGUGGGAUUCUGAUGAUGAUGGUUUUUUUACAAUUAAACGUGGUCCUAAGAUCUACCACAGACACUUUAAUAUCCUUGGAUUCCACCCUUGCAAGGAAAUUAUUUAUUUGACUGAUGUCUUCGGUGUGGUGGCUUAUCAUUUGAAUAACUCAAAGGUUCAAUACCUGGGGAACUCACGUCCAAGAAGUUACUACCAAGCCCACACAAAUAACAUAGCUGAGUCAUUUGUGUAUACUCCGUGUUUGCGAGGUGAGCUUAACGAGGAAA